AUGUCCAAUCCACUACGCCCAUCGCUUCCCUCGCUAUUAUCAAAUGAUUCUCAAAAUUCCAAUUCAAAUCAUACACCACCAAAUUCAAAUGGUCAAUCAUCAUUAUCUCAAAAAAGUCCAAAUCAAAGUAUAAGAUUACCACCAAUUUCAUUCUUAUCUGGAAUGUCAAGUAUGUCAAAUCCUCAUCAAAUGGCUCCACCUUCAUCAUUAGGAGUUCCAAGAUUAUUGAAUAAUUUAGACCAAGGACAACCUCAACAACCUCAACAACCCCAGGGACAACAACCCCAAAGUGGUUCAGGAUAUUUCCAAACAUUAAGUAAUACUCAAAGUGUUGAUCAUACGAAAAUAUCACCAUCAAUACCAUCAAUUUCUCAUUUAACUCAUCAACAAGUUCCUCAACAACAUCAACCAUCACAUUAUGGACAAUUACCUUCAAUACAAUCAACACACCAACAAUCACAAUCUACAGAAACCAUACCAACAAUUUCUGCUAAACCUUCAUUUUUAAAUCAAGUUUUACCAUCCUCAUCAUCAAAUUCUAAUUCAAAUGAUAUUCAAUCACAAGCUGUUAAAUUAAAAGAAGAAAUUACUAAACCAGAUGUUGAAGAAGAAUCAGAUGAAGAUAUUAUAAAAUAUUAUGAAAAAAAAUAUGGUAUAAUGGAUUUUACAAAUGAAGAAAAACAUGAUAUUUUACAACAUGAAAAAAGAGCAAGAAUUGAAAAAUCUAAAAAUCCAAAUUAUAAAACUUAUUUAUGUUAUUCAAUAAUUAAAAGAUUAAAUACUAUUCAACCAAAAAAGGUGGAUGCUCCACAAGAAUUACAACAACAAAACCCACCACCAAAAUUCAUCAAGAGAGAAAUUAUUAUAAAUAAUGAAGAAGUUUUAAAAAAUUCAUUAAAAUUUCCAAGAAAAUAUUUAGGUUCAAUAUUAUAUACACCAUUCCCAACAAGAUCAACAUAUAAACAAUUAAGUUGUUUUAAAAAUUUAGAAAUUGAUCCAACACAAGAAAAUGAAAUUGUCCCAUUAUUACCAAAUUUAAAAAAAUAUAUAAAUUCCAUUAUAACUAUAAGAAUUCCAUCAUAUCAAAUUAAUAAUUUACAAAAUAAUCAUAAUUAUUUAAAUAGAUCUAUAUGGGGGUCAGAUAUAUAUACAGAUGAUUCAGAUAUUUUAUUAAUUUUAAAACAUAAUGGAUUUUUACCUUCAUUAGAUAAUGAUUUUGAAAAUUUAAUUGAAGUGAACCAGUCAACCGAGAAGAAAACCUCAGGGAAUUUAGAAAAUAAAUCAAAUAUUGAUCAAACAGUUAAUAAUUUCAGACAUUUUGUUAAUAUUAUUGGAGGAGAUAUUCAUGUUGAUUUAAUUAUAUUACCAAAAUUGAAUCAUUAUAAAGGUCAUUAUAACAAUGGUAUUAAUUCAAGAGAUUGGAUCGAGGGGCAUGAUGGUGUUAGUAUUGGUAUAUUUGGAGUUAAAUAUGGUGAGAUUAAUAGUUCAGUAGAGAGUAUUAAUGAUUGUGAUUUGAAAAAAAGAAAAAUUGAACAAAUUGAAGAGAUGAGUUUGAUUCCAUUAGAGAUAUUGGAUAAUAAUGGGAAAUGGAAAUUAAAUGUUGAAGCUUAUAAGAAGGUUAAAUUACAAUUGGAGUUGGAGAAGAGUCAAAAAGAGAAGAAGGAGAAGACUGAAAGUAAAGAAAGUAAACAAUAG